AUGGGGUUCAACCUCCACUGGAAGGUUACAAGCCGUCAGAGCAUCGAUAUUGCCGUCGAGGCCAAGACCGGCAGCGGCGUCGCCAGGGGCUGGUUCGCUAUAGGCUGGUCCAAGUCCGGCCUAAUGUACCCCGCGGAUGCCGUUAUAAUGAAUUUCAAAUCCGACGAUAGCGACACUACACCGCCAUUGGGCACAUUCGCGUUGUCGAAGCGCGAGGAGUCGGGCGUAAAGCCAACAUCGAGGUUCGCUAUAACGAACACGGAAUUCACGUCCAACACUAGCGCCGGCAUUCUCGUCAGGUUCACUCGGAGCAAGUUCGACGGAAUCGUGCCCGUCAAUUACAACGGGCCGAAUCAGAUCAUAUUCGCGUACGCGCCCAAGGGAAGCCAGGAGGUCAAGGGCCACGCCGGCAAGAGGGGAUGGGUCCUUGUCGACUUCUCCUGCAAGCCUGGCUCCUCUUCCGCUUCUAGUUCCCCCACACCCUCCUCCCCCUCCAAAGCACCUUCCGCCACGCAAACCCCUUCCCCCGCCAAGUCCUCAUCCCCCGCCAAGUCCCCCUCCCCCGCCAAAUCUCCCGCCAAAUCUCCCCCCAAAUCUCCAAAAUCCCCCCCGAAGUCCCCCAAGCCGUCCCCGCCCCCGCCCUCGCCCUCGCCCCCACCUCCCUCUGAUGUGAUGAACCCAGUGAGCACCCCCUGUAAGAGCACCUCCGGUAGUAGCAGCAGCUCCUGCAAAGCGUCGACUCUGGCUGGCUACACCUCCUAUGUCGACUUAAAUGGCAAAGGACUGCGUCUUCACUGGAAAGUGACCUCUGAUACCAGUGUAGCUCUGGCGGUUGAGGCGAAAACAGGCAGCGGGGCGGAGAAGGGCUGGUUUGGUGUGGGAUGGUCUGGCUCCAGCUCUAUGGUUCCUUCUGACGCCGUUCUUGGGAACGUGAAGGGCCUGUUGCCUGUAGCGAGCUACGCUGUAUCGGGGUACAGUGCGAGCAAGAUCUCAGUCACUUCACGUUUCGCCAUUGGGCAGCCAGAGCUGCUGACGUCAACCAGUGGCGUCGUUAUGAAGUUUGGUCGUAGCAAGGCUGAUGGGGAAGGCAUAGCGACGGUGGUGUACAAGGGAAAGAACAAGAUCAUCUGGGCGUAUUCGGGCAGCGGAUCGCGCACCAUUGACGACCACAAGGAUAACUAUGGCUCCACAACUGUGGACUUCUCGUGCAAGCCUGCACCAACCAAGUGGUGA